AAGAAGAACAAAAACAUAAAUAUGAAACAACGGAAACAAAACACAGCUGGUACGGUGUGUAGUAUCUAAAUGGCAAAAAUUUCGCGAUAAAAACGGUUACACUCUAACGUUCGCAAUUUACGCUCACAAUGGGAGUUACCGGCCUUUGGAAACUAAUCGAUCAAGCUGGAAAACCCGUCCCACUGGAGACAUUGGAGAAUAAAAUCUUGGCCAUAGACACCUCGAUAUGGUUGCAUCAGGUUGUGAAGGGAUUCCAAGACUCGAAAGGUGGAACGAUACCGUACGCCCAUAUAUUGGGUCUGUUCCAUCGUCUAUGUAAGCUGUUGUUCUACAAAAUAAAACCGAUUUUCGUUUUUGAUGGCGGCGUCCCGGACUUGAAGCAGGAAACAAUACGCAAACGUAAUCUUAACAAAGCGAAACUACAUUCCGAGGCAGACCGACUACAAGGCCUUCUGCUCUCAUCAUUAGCUAAAGAAAAGGCCAUUCAAGAGGCGCUAGGAACUGAAUUAGCGAGUCAACUGACUUCGCCGAAAAAGAGAGUUAAACCGUCCGACAAUGAAAAGGAAGAUAUUUACAAACUUCCUCCCAUUCCCGAAGAAUCCGUUGGUGAAGCCAUCGCCCAGUCAUCGGACAGUUCAUUCGAUGAAAAAUCGUCACGACACUACUACAACAUCAAUUUGAAUUCCAUUGAUGUAACGAGCAAGCGGUUCCUCGACCUGCCACCCGACGUGAGACAUGAAAUCCUGACCGAUUUAAAGGAGAAGCGUAAGGAAUCGUCGUGGGGUAGACUGCACGAGUUGCCGGCACAAAGUGAUGAUUUCAGUGAAUUUCAAAUGAAACGAUUGUUGAAACGGCGACAGGUGCAAAUGAGUCUGGAAUCUGCCGAGAAGGAAAUGGGAGGAAAAUGUUUGUCGCUGGCUGAAAUGGAAGCAAUGUUAACGGAUGAAGGUAUAUUGAAUGCGGCUUCGAGCAGUGCAGCUAAGGCCAUCGCUUCAAACGAGAAUGCAUUGUUCCUGCACGUCAAAAGUUUGCAGGAUGCGAUGAAGGAAGAGAAACGAAGGGAAGAGGAAGAAAUAGUUAAAAAAGCAGCGCCGAAGGAGGAGAAGACGGAGACGCUAGAAGAGGAUGAGGACGAGGAUUUGCAAGCCGCAAUUCAAUUAUCAUUAUUGGAUACGAUUCCAAUUGAAGAUCAGGCAAAGGAGGUGAAGCUUCGACCGGACCAAAAGAAGUUUCUCAAGAAUGCGGUGAAAGACUCCGCUAAGGAUUAUCUGAUCGAAUACGGCGGCUUUAACGCAGAAGAAGUCCAUGAGUUGGUUAUGUCCGAUGAAGAUAUUGAUGGAGCUGAGUCAACAUUUCGACACAACGACACAUACAUCUUAAAGGGAGAUACGAAAUCGGAAGGUGAGCCCACGAUAACCUUAGAAAUCGAUGAUUCACAGUCGGAGGUGUCAAGUGAUGCGGAUUCUGACUUUAUCGAAGUGCCGGAAUUAGAAGCGGAUAUGAAUAUCCCACUGCGCGAGGUUCAUACGUUGGAAAUGAACAAAGAACCCGAUGCAGAUCUGUCCAAGGACUUUCGGCAUGAAGAUCUGCGAAAUGGUUUAGAGAUUAAAAUUCAAAAGGCUGAAGUGUUGGAGGACGACAUAUUCGCCGACAUUUUCAAUAAAGAUACGGCCAUUGAGGAGGAAACAAAAAUCGAAGCGGAAGGAGUAGAUUCAGAAGUUAAGGAGGAAAGAAAAUUCGAAGCUAUAACGAUUGACUCUGAUGAUGAGACUGAAAUCGUGGCGAAAAGUUACAACGAAAAUGUUUCUGCUGUUAAGCCACCGGUUGUUCUAGCAACAAUUAUAGACAAUCUCAGCGCUGAAAUAUCGGACAUUGCAACAAUAAAUUUGGAUUCUUUGCCUUCGAUAGACAAUCCCAAUGAUGCAAAUGAAAAUGCAGCGAAUCACAGUUCGACACUGGCAAAACCAUCAGAAAAGAAUUCGGGUCUCGACUCAAUUCUCAACCAAUUGAACACCGAAAUGACCGACAUACUAGAAAAAGGAAUCGAAUCGAUCAAGGAAAUGGAAUUAUCAACUCCAACAAAGUCCACAGACGCACCUCAUAGUCAACUAAACAAAACAGUACCUGCAUUGGGCGUCUUUAUAACGCCAACAAAAUCCACCGGAAAAGAUGAACCACCACCGAAAGUUGUGUCGCCAUUCUUCCGCAAAAAGACUCCAUCGCCGCGUCAGAAGCGUAAGAAUGCUACUGACGACCUCGAAGAGGAAAUAUCACCAAAAAUAGCAAGAACUCUUUUCCCAGGCACCAGUUCCGACGUGGAACCGCUCGAAUUGGCGGCAAAUAUUCUCAGAGAGAACAAAACGACAGAUGAAUUGGCUGCAAUGGCAGCGGAUGUUCGAGUGGAAAAAAGGGAUCUGGAAUUGGAGCGGAACAAACAGGACCGUUUCGGAAUGAACAUCACAGAGCGUAUGAGCAGUGACUGUAAAAACUUGUUGAAAUUGUUCGGUGUUCCCUACAUUGAUGCACCGAUGGAAGCCGAAAGUCAGUGCGCUUUUCUGAAUCAAAUCGAAUUGACCGACGGCACAAUCACAGACGACAGCGAUAUCUGGUUGUUUGGUGGUCAAACGGUGUACAAACAUUUCUUCAAUCAGCAGAAACACGUCCUGGAAUUCCGAGCGGACAAUAUCAACAAGUUGUACACCUUGGAUCGGCACAAGAUGAUUCAAUUGUCCAUUUUGGUUGGAAACGAUUAUACCAAUGGCAUUCAGGGAAUCGGUGCUGUCACUGCGAUGGAAAUUUUAUCAGAAUUUUCUUCGAAAGUGGAAAGUGACGAUGCAUCCGAGGAAGUGUCUUUGCUUGCCGGUCUGAGCAAAUUCAAAGAUUGGUUUCGGAAUGACAAGACCAAUUUCACCAGAAAAUCUCUGCGAAGUAAACUGAAAAAUAUCACGAUUUCAGACGACUUUCCCAAUCGUCGGGUGGUCGAAGCACUACUCAAACCGAUUGUCGACGAAAGUGAUGAGAAAUUUACUUGGGGCCAACCGGAUGCCGAAUCAAUACGAGAAUUGGCCAAGACCACUUUCGGAUGGACUUACUCGAAGACCGAUGACAUCUUGCUGCCAGUUUUGAAGAAAUUAAACGAAAAGAAGUCACAGCAAUCAAUCAAGAAUUACUUCAAAACUACCGGCCAAACGACUGGCGAGGGAUCGAUAGAUGUCAGUAAGCGAGUGCGUCGGGCAAUCGAUGUCAUGUCGAACAAACUCAAUGCGGAAGAUAAUGUGGAAAAACCUGCCAAGGAGAAAAAACCACGUAAAAGGGCACAAAAGGCGAAGUCGGAGGAUAAACCGGUGAAGAAGAAGUCCGCGAAAAGUAAAACGACAUCAGAAGAGCAGCAAACGCUUGUCGUUAAAUUACCUGGUGAGGGAGAUGAUGUUAUUCCACAACGGGAAAGUACUAUUGUAGAAAUGGAUAAGAAUAAGCAAAAUGCAAUCGAAUUGUUCAAGAAGUCGAAGAGAAAUCUGAAAAAAUAAAUUUAAUUCAACGGA